CAGAUGCCAUUUUGAAGGUGAACGUCCAGUGUCGAGACAUGGCUUGAGAUGGUUUUGAACAGUGGAGUGAGACAUCAAGGUCGUACCUAUCUUCUCUAUCUUGUCCGACUGAUGGUUCUACUAGAUCUAGUCUAUCCCUGGCUAGCCAGCUACUAGAGUUGAGUUGAUUGUGUGGGCGGGGCGGGGUUGGAACCUCAAACGCUGCGUCAAUGACACUCCUGCAUGCAGUGCGCGUGGAUAGAGCAUUGUUGUCCCCUCUCUCAAGUGCCUGUACUGUAUAGACACAAUUCAUAAAUGGCUGAUAUCCAUGCUGUCUUUUGAGUUUUGGUUGGACUGUGUCUUUCUGAUACUUUGUUGAUUGGCGGUGGUACCAACAACAUCGCUCCAAUGAUGCCAAAUCAGUAUGGUCAUUGGAGCUCCCUCCAUUGAUGCUGCAACAAUGCUGGAUGCCCAAGGUCUAUCUAGCUAGCUCGUGUUUCUAGCUAGAGGCAUUGUAUACAGAGGUUCAUUUCUGAAUCCAAACGACAGAUAUUUCUUUUCAUGUCCUGUGGCACUGGUAAUGGUCAAUGGUGCGAGCCCUGUUUGCGACCUAAAGAGCUCCAAAAGCACGUACAGCACCAGUGUUUUUGCAACUGCUACCGGUACCGUAGUAGAAAUAAUCCGAACUCAGUUUGGCAUCGAGGAAAGCGCCCACCUUAGUUCCUCAAAAAUGGAUCCUCCUUCUUUGCCUCUGACCUCUAAUACAUGAAUUGCCUCACCUUUAGAAGCAGCCUUCUCUGCCAUUUUCCAAUGGAGACUCCAGUACCAGUGUACAGUAGCACUACAGUAGCGAGUGCUUCGCCGGUGUAAAGAUCAGAUUGUCCGCUAAGAGGCCCACCGGAGGCAACUUCGCCGGUUGAAGACUAGCUAGAUCUAGCUACUGAUCGGUGGCACUGCUCUCAAUGUUCUUUCUACGAGCUCUUCUAAGAUUACUCACAGCAAGCGCUAGCUGGCUAGAGCGGGUACCAGGUACCGGGUAACCACCUCGCCUGAUCAGUCUCUGCCCUUUGAAAGUCUCACAAUCCUCAAUCAUCCAGAACCCAAAAGCCACACCACCAACCAACCCACUACUACAGCUCGCUCCCACUAACUAUCUACAGAGUACUAGUAUACCAUGACUACUGAUACUGAUACUCCCAAGAUUUCCUCUGCGGGCCACAUUCUGGCCAUGAACAAUGUCGCCUUGACGCGCAUUCUGCAGGACAAGCCAUCCGAGUGUUUGGAGAUCUUUCGCUAUGCUUUGCAACAGCUGCAAGGAUCUCUACAAGCCAUGUCGUCCAAUCAAGUUUAUUUGGCCGCCGCUGCUUCCCAUCCACCGACUUGCGCUACCACGGCCACCCCGCAGUUCCAAAGUGUUCCUCUUGACACGUGCAAAACCAACGCGGCCGCGCAGAGUAACAAUGGCACCUUUUCCUUUUUCCAUCGCAUGAUGACAUUGUCUCCUGCUUCUCUUCAACAAACUACUUCUACUAUCUCUACUAGCGAUGAUAACAACAACACAGUGGACACUUCCCUCCUCCAAUUCCAAAAUUCCCUCUUGGUGACCCUCUUUUUCAACAUGGCCGUCUGUCAUCAUCAUCUUGGUCUGCGACAAGGCAAAUCGGGAGAAUUGCAAACGGCACUGCAAUUGUACGAACUCGCCUUUUCCAUGGUCGAAGGAUCUGCGUUGGCAUUAAAAGAUCAACAAAUGCUCCUCUUGUGUCUUUACAACAACAUGGGACAUGUCCAUUCCUGUUUUAGCAAUACCGCCGCCACACAAGCCUGUGUCGAUUGGAUUCAACGCAUCUUUCUCGCGUUUCCACAUGCCCAAUCACAACCAGAAGAAGAAGCCAAUUUGGCAUUUGAUUACGAAUUCUUUGUCCAGUACAUGCCACUACGACCGUGUGAACAAGGAAAUAUUGCAGCGGCGGCAUAA